AUGGAUAAUAAUACAAAUUCAACAGAUACUACUAAUGCUUCUACUCCAACACCUCCUACUUAUAAAGUAGUUCUUGGUUGUUUGACAUUUUUUCUGAUUUUACCAUUUGUUUUAAUUCCUUUUAAUCGUUUUCCAUUGGGUAGUACCGGAGCUACUGUUAUUAGUCAGACAGAGGUAUAUAUUGUCAUUGGUGAUGAAAAUAAUUUAAAAACAAUAUUUCUUCUUUGGGGUAUGAUGGUUAUAUCAUCAUAUUUCGAACGUGAACGUUUAGUUGAUCAAUUAUUAAAUAAACUCUUUCCAAAUGGACUUACAUUUCAUUGGUGGCUCAUACGUUUAAGUAUUAUUGAUUCGAUUUUAGCCGGUCUUUUUACCAAUGAUGUUUCUUGUGUAAUAUUAACACCAUUAAUACUUAAUAAAUGGAUCGAUCAAAAACGAGAAAAAAAGAGAAUUGAAUACAUUAUACUCUUAGCUUUAGCUACCCAAGCAAAUAUUGCAUCGAAAUCAAAUGCUUUUGUUCAUCAAAAUAGUCGAUUUCAAUUGAAAACAUGUGUUAAAUAUUUAUGGUUGCCAGUUUUUAUCAUUUGGCUGCUCAACUUAACUUUUCUUUUAAUACUUCAUCGACUAAAUAAAUGUAAAUUGAAUCGAACAUCGUCGGAGCAAGUUCCAAGUGAAGUAUCUAAUGUUGAACAAUCACACGACCAAGAACAACCAUCAGUCUCUGUUACCACAAACUCAAUGAAAUUACCUCGAUUUACUGAACGUUUUCGCCUUAGACGAUUAAUGGAUAUUGGUGAACGAACGACGGUUAUAUCGUUAAGAACAUUACCAUUAAUGAUCGAUCGAAGCGUUUAG